AUGUCAGCCGGUAACAUCAACAUCCUACUUCACCUCUGGGCUGCCCAUGUUAUGAAGCACGGCAAUGAAGCACCGUUUCGGAAUGCCGAGGAACUGUAUCAUCUCAUCGACUCUACAGAGGUCGGUGAUGUGAAAUGGCAAAGUUUUACAUUGAGCUACCAGGAGAAUUCUGCAAUGAUGAACGCCAGCUCAGGGACUUCAUGUCAGGAUGCUAUCGCGGAGGACCAGAAGAUGCAUGGUGCAUCAUUUGUCCCAAUUAUCCUCGGAAGCGAUAAGACCACCGUCUCUGUAGCCACUGGUCAAAAUGAAUACUACCCGCUGUACAUGAGCAUUGGUAACCCGCAUAAUAAUGUGCGACGUGUGCAUCGUGACACUGUUGCAUUGAUCAGUUUUCUGGCAAUUCUGAAGACUGAUAGAAGAUACACGAAUGACCCGGACUUCCGGAAAUUUCGCCGUCAGCUGUUCCAUACAUCACUAUCACACAUACUGAAGAGUUUGAAGCCCGGGAUGACCAUCCCUCAAGUCGUUCGCUGUUCAGACGGACAUUUCAGGCAUGUUUUAUAUAGACUUGGGCCUUAUAUUGCAGAUUAUCCAGAGCAAGCACUGCUAGCCUGCAUCAUACAAGGCUGGUGCCCAAAGUGCACAGCAUCAAAGAUGGACCUUGAUGGCGGUGCAAAUGGACGACACUCGUGUAAACAUACUGAGUUGCUUGUCAGAGAGUUUGAGCUGGGUGAACUUUGGGCAGACUAUGGCAUCAUCGGAGACAUAGUGUUGAUCAAGAGGACCUUCAAAGAUCAUCUCGUGGACUGGGUCAAACAGUACUUUUCGAUCACGCAUGGCAAUGCUCAGGCAAAGGUGUGGCUCCCUGCAAUUGUUGGAUAUGUCCCUCCAGACAUGAUUCGGGCAAUUCGAGCAUUUCUCAAGUUCUGUUACAUAGCACGUUGCAACGUAUAUGUGCCAACAAACCUGGAAGCACUGGAAGAUGCAUUGACUCGCUUCCAUCAGUACCGCAUCAUCUUCGAGAAGUGGGGUGUUUGCAUCGAUGGCUUCUCUCUUCUGAGACAGCAUUCGCUCAAGCACUAUAAAUGCCUCAUCUGGGAAUACGGCACACCAAAUGGAUUGUGCACGUCAAUCACCGAAUCAAAGCACAUCACAGCUGUCAAAGAACCGUGGUGGCAGUUCAAUCGCUAUAAUGCUCUGGGGCAGAUGCUAUUGACAAAUCAGCGUCUUGACAAGCUUGCUGCAUCACAUGUCGACUUCUCCGAUCAUGGAUUACUAGAGGGUUCCUGCCUAUCUGCGGAACAUGAAAGUCUACGUGAGAGGUUUGAUGAUUGA